AUGGUUGUGAUCCUUUACUUUAAUCUUCCUGGAUCAGCGGGAACCAAGUCACAGUGGAUUCUUCCUGAGAUGCAUCACCGUUCAGGCUGCUGGUGGGAUGGGGAGCUUGCAGUGAACUGUUCCUUUACUGGAAUAUCCACUAUUCCAGACAUAUCACAAACAGCAAUAACAGCUGAUUUAAGCUACAAUAAUAUUAAAACUUUAAUGUGCACUGACGGCAGAAAUGAAGAAUGGAUGCUGAAACACCUGAAUCUCAGUAACAACCUGAUUUCUGAACUCUCCUUAACUACUUUUAGAAAUUUACCCCUUUUAGAAACAAUAAACCUCAACAGUAAUGCCAUUCACACCCUCACACUGGACAUACCUACGCCUGCAUGCGGGUCUAAAAAGUAUGGAAAAGACUGUCGUCUUCUGCCUGCUUUGAAAGUCUUGUCAGUUGAAAGAAAUAACCUUAAUGCAGUUCCAAAAGGACUGGGCCUGCUGCAGUCAUUACAAACUCUCCAUUUGUCAUCCAAUGGCAUACGACAGAUCGAUCUGAAUGAUUUUCAGAACUGUUCACAGCUGAAGGACAUCGACUUGCAAAACAACAAGAUAACUCAAAUUCAUCCAGAUGCCUUUGGGGAUCUCAACAAAUUACAGGUUGUGGAUCUCCGUGAAAAUGCUCUGACAACCCCUCUGCCACAGAUAUUAAUCAAAACCGCUGCUGUAUCUUUCAAGUUUCCAUUUAAACUGCAGCAACAGUGUUUUGCUCAAGAGGGCUGUAAUCCCAACAGGGAAGACAUCGGUGCUGAACUGUGGCUUGGACAACACAAGGGAACAAAGUCGAAAUAUCUCAUCUACAACAUACAGCUGAAAGAAAGGGUUUCAACAUUUUUGGUGAGAAAGGCCCGGGACACUAACACUGGUUUUAGACAAGGAAGAACAGAGCAAGACUUUACAUUGGCCAUUUGCCUCUCCAUGCUCAUUACAUUUGUUUGUGCUUUUUGUCUGGGUGCUUUUGCUAGACCCUACCUUGUGCGUCUGUGGAGACUCGUGCGCAGGGACAAAAAUUCAGGUUCAGAACAUACUUAUUCUAAUCAAGCUUUUUCAGAGGAAAUCUUGAGCAGAGAGUGGUCUGCAAGCAAAACAACAAAUGUACAGCAUAAUCUGUUUGUUCGUGAUGAGAAUUCAAGAAACGCACACAUUUUUCCUACAGAAACUUCUAAUUUGUAUGAAGAUGUCACUGAUAGCAGUGAACAUGCACCAAAUAUGCAAGACAAGUACCAGAAACAAAGCAGUGAUGAGAUCAAUGUGAAGAAAAACCCAGUGUUUUCAGACAUCAAAACUAGUAUCAGCAGUGAUGAAAAUAUAAAUGUUGAAGAUAAUGGACUGUUUUCUGUAAGGAUAGAUUAUGAGAACAGCAAUGAAGUAACGCCAAGAAAAUUAAUGAGUAAUAACACUUCAUUAUGGGAAGAUCGAAAAUAUGCAAAUAAUGAAGACUCCAGGAAAACCAGGUUCCCUCCUGCUCAACUGAAUGUUGACUCUUACUCAAAUCACACUGAAUCUUCAGAUUCAGAUUUACCCUUCAUGAGAGAAGCUGACUUUCCGUUUUCUGCAACACACACACAUGCAGCUGCACAAGGUUCUGGGAACAGCAAGGUGAGCAACAACUCUGGUCUGCUGCAGUCUGAAUUCACAAAGGCUACUCCAGAGUCUUCUGAAAGAAAAGGUAUCGUUUCACACAGUGAACCCAUGAGCAUUACAAAACUUAUGCUUGGAAGGCAAAGCUGUGAUGAACAACUUGGUCUAAAUGGCAACAUAAAUAUAACCAGUGAUGUGACAGAUUUUGUUUUACCCACUAGCUGCAGGAGAGACACAAAUACUGAGAAUUUAAGUGUCUACCAAACAAUAGAAAACCCUCCUCUUACAGAGCACGACUGUAAAACAGAACAUACAAAUGACAAAGAUGCUCCAGCAGAUGUAUUUGGCGAUAGCUCUUCAGAUGAGGGGAUGCCGUUCACCAUGAGUGACUGUAGUUCCCUCACAGACUUUGAACUGGAACAACCUGGUGUUAGUGACAACCUGCCAGUCUGUCAGGCAUCACUGGAGGAAGCUGAUACAGAUGGUGGAACUGAGCAGUUCCCAGCACUGCCAGAGUCUCCAAGCAUUGCUGCUGAACUUCAGCAUAUUGGGAAAAACACAGACGUGAACAAUGCCUAUUGUGAAACCACCAUUAAUUAUGGAUCAGAUACCAUCAUGGCUGAAACAGCAUCACCUGACACUGAUAAAUGCAGUGACCACAUAAGCACGUCAGAGUCGGACACAAUUAGUUCUUCAAGUCAAGAAGUUCCUGAUAAGUUUGAUUAUUCUACUAACGGAGAGUCAACAGCACAAAACUCAAUUUCUGAUUCCUUCCACAAUCAAAAUACAGAUUUUGGUAAUAGGUUACUUUUGUUCAAACAUUCUCCCACGCAUGACACAGAUACUGAGAAGACUCCCGAAGAGGCCGAACUGCAGCCACAUCAGUUUCCCAUUGAACUUCAGCAUUCCCUCAGACUCAGUCCCACUACACAAAAGGAAAAUGCACCAGAGGGAAGCACAGAUGAGCACACGGACAGGAGGUCCUCUAAAAAGCACCAUGGUGAAGAGGACAUUACAUUAAGAAGAAACAUGAGUACACUCGAGGACGAUGAUUUUAGUUUUGCUCCCACUGAUACCGCUUUGAAUGAAAUUGCUAAAAAACCAUCACUACUGCCUUCCAGCAGUGAGUCAUCUCUUUGGUCUCUGCCUGAACACACAACUGAAGAACAUUUUACGGUUCUUAAAGAAGACUUGCUACCACAGGGAAAGCAGGUGAACACAGCUAAGGCUUGUGCAGAUAAAAUGCAGAGAGGUUUUAAUGAGAAAGACUGGGAUGGGUACACAGAAUUACAGGAUGCCAGCAACUGUUGUCUGCCCAAAGAAAUGCAGUCUAGCAAUCUUAUAGCAGAUUUGCUGUCUCUUCACUCUUCUGGCAAAACACAGCCAGUCUCCAGCACAGAAGAUAAUUUCCAACUGGAUCAGAGCAGCGAGGAUGCAUAUUCCUUCUCAAUCCCACAAGGCUUCUCCAGUGAAACCACACAAUACAGCUCAUGGUCGUUCCCACAAAAGACUACACGAAAUACAAUCUCUGAAAGCACUGACUCCAGCGAGAUGGAGGAUGACAGUGCUUUGGCAGGACUGGAGAACAAUUUUACAACAAGUGUUAACCCCCAAAAUUCAAGGGAAAAUCUCAGUCAAAAAACUCAGACCAAAUUAGGACAGGGACAGGUUUUUGUUAAGAAGAAAAGAGCAUUUGAUGGAUUUGUUAAUGUUUUGCAGAGCAGGAGAACAAACCUGAAUAGUUGA